AUGAGGGGAAACACAGAUGCAUCAAGCAGGCGAUCAGGGGUCACAUCGGAGCGAGUGGCCCUGCUGGUCCUCAGUGUUCUCCUGGCAGCUGCCGUCACAGCUCUUGGUGUAACCCAUAAAACAUGUCCGAGGUGCGAGGACGGCUGGGAGCCACAUGGAGGAAAGUGCUACUUCUUCUCCUCGGUUACUUCAUCCUGGACUCAGAGUAGAAAACAAUGCACAUCAAUGAGAGGAGACCUGGUUGUGAUAAACAACAGAGAGCAGCAGAAAUUCCUGCAGUCUAGACUGAUGAUAAAAAUGGACAAUCCUGAGGACAAGUUCUGGAUUGGACUCACAGACUCAAAGAACGAGGAUGAAUGGCUUUGGGUGGACAACUCACGACUGGAUCCAAGAUUGAAGUUUUGGCGUCACUACGAGCCAGACAACGGGAAAGUGCCGAAUCCUGAUGGAGAGGUCUAUCCUGAUGGAGAGGACUGUGUGAGGAUGGGGGAGGAAUAUCUGCAGUCCUGGAGCGAUAACUCCUGCGAAUCAUAUCAUAAAAGUAUUUGUGAGAAACCAGAAGAAGCAUGUGGCUGAAAUCCAGUUGGAUCAGAUUGAGCUUGAGUCCUCAGCCACUUUCACAAACUGAGACAUGAUGCUUUGUUAAUGAAGAUCUUCUCCAUACAUAAACAACUUUGAAUAAUAUCUAGAGUCUCAUAUAUUCUUCAGUUUCCUUGUUAUUUUA